GGGAGGAAAAAAAAAGGACAGCAUGUUUAAAGCAUGGUCAGUACUCAGUGAACCUCAGUAAAGAAUUUUCCGAAUUUUCAUCAGUAUCAAUCAGUAUUUUGGUCAACAUAGUAACGCUUACACGCUACAUCGUAAAAUCUUAAAUAAAGAAAUUUAUUUAUAAUAAUUCAACAAAUUUUGAAUCUAUCAAGUAUCACAAUGGCUGAUAAUAAUAACAACAACUCAGGUGGUUUCAAAGGAUGGAUGUCAGGAUGGAACACAGAACGUGUGUCAGCAUGGGUUUCAAUCUUUACAACUCCUUUUUCAAAGAAAGAAAAUGAUGGAAAUAUGGCAGUAGAAAAAGUAACAUUUCGCCAAAAAAUGCUAACUAAAUGGGAUAAUCUUCGCUCACGUUUUCCACAAAAAAAAGUUGCAACACCAAAUCAAGUUGCAACACCAAAUGUAGUUGCAACACUCAAUGAAGAUGGAACACCAAAUGCAGUUGCAACACCAAAUGAAGUUGCAACACCAAAUGAAGAUGGAACCAUCUCAAUUCCAACAACUAACCAAGUUGCAACACCCAAUGAAGUUGGAACCAUCUCAAACACAACAUCUGAUUCAAGUUUUUCAAACUUAGUUGCAACAAUUAGUGAAAAAAUGACAAAUUAUCAACUUCCAUGGGGCAAAAAGGAAGAACCUACAAAGACCGAAUAAGUCUCUUCACUUUUUUUUUUUCUACCAAGCACAUGAUAUAAUUUAUAUUUUUUUGUUUAAUAAAAUGUAUUUAUAA